CGCGAGCCCGGCGACCCAUCUCUCUCCUACCCCCCGAUGCUUUGUGCCCCCUGACACUGUCCCGACCCCCACCCCCGCCGGGACGAUGGUGAAGUAUUUCCUGGGGCAGAGCGUGCUCCGGAGCUCCUGGGACCAAGUGUUUGCUGCCUUCUGGCAGCGUUACCCCAACCCCUACAGCAAGCAUGUGCUGACGGAGGAUAUUGUGCACCGGGAGGUGACUCCAGAUCAGAAGCUGCUGUCCAGGCGGCUUCUUACAAAGACCAACAGGAUGCCCCGCUGGGCAGAGCGCUUCUUUCCCGCUAAUGUAGCUCACUCAGUGUACAUCCUCGAGGACUCUAUCGUGGACCCACAGAACCAGACCAUGACCACUUUCACCUGGAACAUCAACCAUGCCCGGCUGAUGGUGGUGGAGGAAAGAUGUGUUUACUGUGUGAACCCUGAAAACAGUGGCUGGACUGAAAUCCGAAGGGAGGCCUGGGUCUCUUCCAGUUUGUUUGGGGUCUCCAGAGCUGUACAGGAGUUUGGCUUAGCUCGAUUCAAAAGUAACGUGACAACCAUCAAAGGCUUUGAGUACAUCUUGGCCAAACUGCAAGGUGAGGCUCCUUCUAAGACACUUGUUGAAACAGCUAAGGAAGCAACUGAGAAAGCGAAGGAAACUGCUCUGGCAGCUACUGAGAAGGCCAAGGACCUGGCCAGCAAGGCAGCCACCAAGAAGCAGCAGCAGCAACAGCAACAGUAUGUUUAAAGGAGUCACCCUACUGCUUCCCCUGCAACAAAAAGGCCCUGCUGCCUUCCCAGAUCGCCAGUCUCCAAGCCUGAGAAGCCUCUUGGCAAGACCUGGCAUUGGGCCCGGAGCCCCAGCCCCUGAGCAGACCAUCAGCACAGUGCAAUCCCAGAGACAAUCCAGCUCUUGCCCCAUUACCUGCCCUGUGUCCGAGUUGUAAUUUAUCAUUAAAAAUCAAUUUUCAGUGCUGUC